AGAGAUCUCUUUGGUUUAUGUAUCACUGGCUAAAUGCAUAGUUAUUUGACGCAUUGUUUAUUCUUCGGGAUUAUAUGUUUGUGUUUUCUCAGCAUAUACCUGGACUGGGCUUUUGCACUACCAAGUAAACUGUUAGUGUAACAGGACACUACCAUUUCAUUUGCUGGUCACGGAUGGCCUGAUUUCUCGCUAAAGAAACCGGUAGGGAGAUUAGUGUCUGCACCGUAAACAGAAAAUGGACUAUGCAAACAUUUCACACACUCAUACGGCAAGCAAUUACGUGGCGACACUUGAUAUUAGGACCUAGUACUUUUAGGACUAGGUAGACAUGGCCAGUGAAGAUUUAACGACCCCAAAGUUUGUUAAAUUUAGGGAGGAUUCAACUGGUUUAGAAAUAGUUUACCCUGCAGUAUUUACUUACGAAGACUUUGAGUCUGCAAGAAAAUAUAAAGCAAAAGACAGCGACGUGUAUGUGUGUUCCUAUCCUAAAACUGGAACCACUUGGUUGCUUACUAUAGCAUGGCUUAUUGUUCACCAUGGGGAGGAGUUUUCUGGAAAUUAUCGAGAUAACAUUCCCAUGUUAGAGUUCGACGGCUGUGAAAGUACCGAAGCUAUUGAUGACAGCAAAUUCCCACGAAUAAUCAAGACUCAUUUUCCAUACAAGCUGGUACCAAAAAAUUCAAAGGCAAAGUAUUUGUAUAUUACACGAAAUCCCAAGGAUGCUUUCGCUUCUUACUAUUUUCACAUCAGGGGAUUUCGGUCGCCAUACAAAUGCGAAAACCCUGACCUAAACAAGUUGUACGAACUGUAUAUGAAGGGAGAAGUGGAGUUUGGGUGUUUCUUUGACCAUUUGAAAGAAUGGUAUGCUCAUCGCAAUGACGCUAAUGUUUUAUUCUUGUUGUAUGAAGACGUAAAGCAAGAUCCACGAAACGAAGUGUUAAAAAUAGCAAAGUUUCUCGGAGACGAGUACGAAAAGAAGCUUAAGAUGGAUGAUGGAAAAAUUUUGGAAAAUAUCUUAGAGCGUAGUAGUUUCAGUCAUAUGAAAGGCAGGAAUGUUUGGCAUAAAACUUUCCGCCCGGAAAAUGAACCGUUUAUUCGUAAAGGAGUAAUCGGUGAUUGGAAGAAUCAUUUAAGUGCAGAGCAAGCUGAUGGUUUGGAUCGUGCGCUUAUGGAGCAUGGGAAAGAUAAUGGAAUUUCAAAAUUAUGGAACAAAUAUGCAGAAUUUCUAUAAUCACAAAUUAUAGUUACUUAAAGUAACCGUAAUGCAUAAUCGGUUCAUAUUUCAUGUUGACAACUAUUGGCACAAGCCAAAAAUUAUGUUGAAAAUUCGAUUUUGGCCCAAAACGGUUUUAUAGUUAAUGGUGUUUAUCCCCAACAUUGGUAAAUUGUGCAACGAAUAUAUAUUAUACCUGUUAUACUAUAACAGAAAAAGCAGCGCUGAUACAAAUACAAUUGCAAUCCAAUUAA